AUGGCGGAUACUACCCAUCCUUUCUCCCAGCUUUCGGUAGAAGAGAUCCGCACCACCGCCGCAAUCGUCUCCAAAUUACAUCCCGAUGCCAAUCUGAUAUUUAAGAGCAUUACGCUCGCCGAGUCCGCCAAGGCUGCAACACUCCGCUACCUUGAGGCCGAGCAUCGGGGCCUUGAGACGCGACCAAAUGUAGAUCGCUGCAGUUUCGUUGCCUACUACAAGAAGGGCCAUGACAUCUUGCACGAGGCUCUAGUCGAUCUAUCUACCAAGCAGCCAGUUUCGAAUAAGGCCCUCGACAGGCUCCUUCACGGUCCCGGUGACUUGGAGGAGGGGGUCAUGAUCGAAGUGGCCGUGAAGAAAGAUGAACAAGUCCGAAGAGAGCUGGAGAAUUUGCAGAUUCCCGACCCUGACUUAGUUGUCAUCGAACUAUGGAUAUAUGGAUCGGACGGCAAAAAUGACGAACGCCGACAAUACCAAUGCUACAUGUUCAGCCGAGACGUGAACAACCCCUCCGAACAAGAUAGCAACCACUACGCUCACCCUCUACCCAUCUCUCCAGUGGUGGACGUCAUGGCUGGCCGUGUUAUCCGCGUAGAUUAUUUGCCCACUGGAUCAGAUCACAAAGCGUCACCUCCAAAGCCGUUCAAGGCACAGCCCGCAAAUGAAUAUAUUCCCAAAUAUCACAAGCUGCGGCAAGACCUCAAGCCCCUUCGGGUUCUCCAGCCCCAAGGCGCUAGCUUCCAGAUUGUCCAGGAUUUCCCAGGCAUUCAUCUGGUGACGUGGCAAAAGUGGCGCUUCCGGGUCGCCUUCAACAGUCGCGAAGGUAUGGUCUUGUACGACGUUCGUUACGACGGUCGGCCUCUUUUUUACCGCAUAUCGCUGUCUGACAUGAACAUCCCCUAUGCGGAUCCUCGCGCGCCCUUCCAUAGAAAGGCUGCUUUCGACUUGGGUGAUGCUGGCACAGGCCUCACCGCUAACAAUCUGAAACUUGGGUGCGACUGCCUUGGAUCGAUUUUCUACUUGUCCGCUGUCCUGAGCAGUUCAACUGGUGGUGUCAUUGAAAAACCAAACUGCGUCUGUAUCCACGAGCACGAUAGUGGUAUCGGCUGGAAGCACACAAACUAUCGAACCGACAAUGCCUUCGUCACGCGUGCUCGUGAGCUCGUACUCCAGUCUAUUAUGACUGUGGCCAAUUACGAGUACAUUUUGGCAUUCCAUUUUACUCAAGCUGGCGACGUUAAUUACGAAGUUCGCGCUACCGGCAUACUGUCAACCCAGCCCAUUGACGAAGGCCUGCAAGUUCCAUGGGGAACUGUCGUGCAUCCUGGCGUACUUGCUGCUCACCAUCAGCAUAUCUUCUCCCUCCGCCUCGACCCUAUGCUCGAUGGUUACAAAAACAGAGUCAUCUAUGAGGAAGCACGUCCAAUGGAUCGAGAUCCAGUCCUCAACCCUUACGGCACUGGAUAUUACACGCAAUCGACAGUUAUUCAAAACUCCGCCAUCUUGAACGAGACCAACAAAUGCCCGGUGGGUUACAAGAUCAUGGUCCCGGACUUCCAGAAGAUGGUGGCAGAGGAGGGCUCGUUCCACAACAAGCGUGCCGAAUUUGCGGAUCACAAUAUCUACGUCACCAAGUACCGGCCCAAUCAGCUCUAUGCCGCCGGCCAGUACACGAAUCAAUCUCGCUGUGGGCAUGGUGCUCGGACUUGGUCAAAAUCCGGUGACAACGUCGCCGACGAGGAUAUCGUUGUUUGGGUCCAAUGUGGUAUUAACCAUGUUCCCAGAAUUGAAGGCUUCCCAGUCAUGCCAGUGGAGAUCAUCAAGGUUCACCUGCGCCCGGUCAAUUUCUUCAAUAUGAACCCAGCAAUCGAUGUUCCUCCGUCUACUCAGGAAACCAACCAGAGCUGCCAAAUUUCAAUUGGAAGUCUAAAGCUCUAA